AUCAAUUCACGUUUCUUUAAUUUUCAACGGAGUUUUUCUACCAAAUGAUGUCUCCGAAGUGCCAAUAAUCGUUCAACUCGAACACGUAGAGAAGGAUUAUGUUGUAUUGCGAGAGGAAAUAGUAAUUAAGAAGCCAUCGAACGAAUUGAACUUUGGCGAAGUCCGAAGCGCUUUAUCCGGAGCUGAUUUGCGUCUUUUGACGCGUGGAAAGUUAUCCAUCAGUAUAAUGUCCCGAAGAGAUCCCCAGGCUUUGAGAUUGUCCGGUAUGGUCGGUCCACGUGUCAGCUGUGACAUGUAUCAGACGUUGUUGAUAUCGGAAAGUCCCUCGAGAGCUUCGGGAUUGGCUUGGGCCUUUCUUGAUCGUACUGGUGCCCUGAGAUACGGCGUUAGAUUGAUAGGUUUGGAAGAGGAAAGUCCAUUGGUAACAUUAGUCGACGAGGGUGGGAAACGUCGUACAGAACUCGAAGAUCUUACUCCAUCUUUACGAGAUGGUUUUGCUAAUGGUACACUCGAUCGACCUGGGCCACGUUUCCUCGAGCCAUUGUUCAACGGUGAACUCUCGGUCGUCGCAGCUUCUCAUUUAGGUUCACUUUUACGUGGCCGUCUUCUUCAAAGGCCAGUUGCCGAUGCCAGGGAUACCGCAGCACCGGUUUUAUUGAGAAGACUUACCGACGAUUCCCAAUAUCCAGCGCUUACAGCUUUGAUUUGGACCGCCGUUGAUCUCGAUUGUGCCCUUCAUUAUGAACUCGAAAUAGCUGGAUUGGAACAACCCAAUAUGAGCUCUAACGCCGAUCAAGAACCACGUACCUUCCGUUUGUAUUUGGAAACCAUGCCGCUUCUCGCUCAGGGUGCUCCAGUAGCAAGGAGACUCCUCGAGGAAUUCACAGGAAACGUUCUCGAGGGAUCCGUCACUGGACUCUCACCUGUAGAAUUAUACAGGAUCGAGUCUGGCAUUGGUUUUCUCGAAGUGACGGACAAACAAGCGGGCAGUUUACUGAAGGCACCAUUUAAGGCCAGGGCACCUCUCAGUUGUCUGCCCCAUUACGCCGACAACGACGUUGCCUCGGUCGUUGCUUACAAUCUUCAUCCGCCAAGAUCGGAAAUCGAAACUGGCGCUUGUUUUCAUGAGACCAGAUUCUACGAGGAGGGUACUCAAUGGACAUCCGCCAACGAUCCGUGCUCCAUGUGUCACUGUUAUCGUGGAUUGGCUCAAUGCGAUCCGGUACCUUGUCCAGUCCUUGCCUGUUCUCAGGGCAAACAGCUUAAACCAGCGGCAGGGCAUUGCUGUCCUAUCUGCUCGGUUACAGCGACGAAUGGUACUACUACUACCAUUACUACUACCACUAUCACGGGCAAGAGCAACGUCACUUACGUAGGAAGAAGUUGCAUACUAGCUGGUCAAUAUCAUCCAGCUGGAGCGUCAUGGCAUCCUUAUCUACCACCGGUUGGAUUCGACACUUGUGCCGUUUGCACCUGCGACGCUGUCACGUUGGAGGUGAAAUGCCCGAGAGUGCAGUGUCCGCCAUUGGAUUGCGACGAGAAGAUCGCCUUUAGGCCUGACAAAAAGGCAUGCUGUAGGCAAUGUCCUAGCACGACACCAAGUUCGGCCAACGGAUUGAACGGCAAUUCGGAUGGUAUGAGUUUGCCACGCGAUCAGGCGGCACCCUCGACCCGUCGUUCACCCGAAGAAAUUUUAGCAACUGGUGGUUGCAAGUAUCCCCUUGGUGGGCCAUACGAGAAUGGCAUGGAAUGGCAUCCAAGAGUUCACUCUCAUGGGGAAAUGAAAUGCGUUAAGUGUCGAUGCAAGAAUGCCGAGGUCAGGUGCGAAAGGAAACGCUGUCCAAGAUCUCUCUGCAACUCGAUAGCGCAUCAGAUAAAACGUGGCGACUACACCAUGGCAGACGCCGACGAUUGUUGUACGGCACAAUGCCGUCGUUCGAGACGUCAUCAUCAUCGUAACAACAAUCAUCAUCCCCCGAGGCAUUCGGUCUCCCCAAGAGAAUUGAGCUGAGUACUGCGAGAGGACAGAAUCUUCUUUUCUUCAAAUCAGGGGUGGGGAGGCGAGGGGGUGGAGGAAGAAGCGAGUUCUUUUUUCUUUCUUUCUUUUUCUUUUUUUUUUUCUCUAUUUUCUUUUCUUUUUUUCUUUUUUUUUUUCUUUUUGUUUUGCUCCUCGAUAAAAGAAAAAGAAAAGCCGAGUGACUCGUUUGUGUUUCUUGUUGCUCUUAUACAGAGAAAGAACUAUUAUUAUUCUACUUUUGCCGCAGCACUGUUACGUAUAAUAUUUUUAAUGUUUAACGUACAUAUAUAUAUAUAUAUAUAUAUAUAUAUAUAUAUAUAUAUAUAUAUAUACACUCAUAUACAUAUAUGUACAUAUAUGUCCUAAUCCUCGUUAACCGAGGACCAAUCUAAUGGAAUUCGGAAAAGUAGAGAACGAGGAAAGGGAAAAAAAGGGUAUAGGGUCGAGUAAAUCGAUUCUUACUGGGUAUUCAACACGAUGGGAAUGAAUGGAGAGAGAAAAGUUCAUGAACACCCAACGAAAGAAAAAGCGACGAGACUCUCUCUUUCCCUGUCUCUAUCUAUCUCUCUCUCUUUCUGUCUCUCCCUUUCUCUCUCUCUCUCUUCCUCUCUCUCUCUCUCUCUCUCUCUCUCUCUCUCUCUCUCUUGUGGUCUUCGUUCUCGCAAUCGUUCAUACGUCGAACCGGACCCCAUGGCACCCAGAAGCCCGCAGCCAGACGUUUUAUUAAUCAAUUGGCUCUCAUCAAGAGAUAAACGAAACGGAAGCUAAACUGCUCUCUAUUUACGAGCUACUAUACGGUACGGCAACUUUUCGAACACAAAAAAAAAAAGAAGUGAAGGAAUAAAAAUUAAAGGGGGAGAAAAAAAAAGAAGAGAAACUGACAAUGACGACGGUGACGACGUGGACAACGAGGACUACAACGAUGACGAAGACAAUGAUGACGAUGAUGACAGGAUAGGA